UUUGAUAAUUACAAAGGCAAAAGCUCUUUCUCUGCGCGUGAAGUAUUGGAUGAGUUAAUUGUUGUUGUUCAAAUGGCUGGUCUUCGAGUGUUAGUCUCCUCGUCUUCGUCCUCGUCAUCUUCGUCUCUGUCACCACCAGCAAUGCCAAUACCCGGAGAAGCGUGGAUGAUUGGAGAGGACAGGGUUCUGGAGAUACUAGACGCCAUCCAGCCGGUCUAUAUUUCAGACAGAAGCAGGAACGAGAUCAUCAAAUACUUACAGAACCUUGUCAAGGAUCGUCUUGGAGUUGAGGUCUUUUUCUUUGGUUCGGUGCCUCUAAAAACCUAUCUCCCUGAUGGAGAUAUCGAUCUGACAAUCUUAACUCCUCAUGAGAUGGAGGACGACUUGGCCACAGCAUUGCGCAGUGUGCUUGAAGCUGAAGUGGGAGUAUCAUCUGACUUCAGUGUAACUAAUGUGCAGUAUAUCCCAGCACAGGUCAAGAUCAUAAAAUGCAAUGUCAGGAACAUCUCUGUGGAUAUCUCCUUCAAUCAAAUGGCAGGACUCAGCGCUUUAUGUUUUCUGGAACAUGUUGACCAUAUCUUUGGGAGGGACCAUCUGUUCAAACGUAGCAUCGUUUUGAUCAAGGCCUGGUGCUAUUACGAGAGCCGUAUUCUCGGUGCCAACACUGGGCUGAUCUCAACAUAUGCAUUGGCCAUACUUGUCCUGCACAUCAUGAACAUAUCUAAGUCAUCAGUAUCUGGCCCUUUAGCUGUGCUGUUUAAGUUUCUGGAAUACUAUGCAUCAUUUGAUUGGAACAAUUACUGUGUCACUGUGCAUGGUCAGGUCCCCAUAUCUUCUCUUCCAGAUAUUACUGGUAAGGAUGCUGAAACCAGGAGACACUUUUCUCUUCUGUUUCCCUUAAACGGAAACUUCACUUUUUUUUUGCUUUCUCAUGUUAUUCUUCCAGGAACCGGGGAUCAAGAAGUUGUCCUGAACGAGAAGAAACCUGCAACGCAUAAAGCACGCUUUUACACUUGGAGCUCGACAGCUGAGACACAUUCUUACACUACCUGGAGAAAUCAUGGGUUGGAAACUGGAGAGAGGAACGGUAAGGGACAGAGACUAGACGUUGAGGAACCUGUCGUUGCGUUUGGCACUGGGAGAUCAGAGCUAUCUAAACUCAGAGGAGAUUACGAAAGAUACUUCAAAUGUCUUAUAUACGCGAAAUGUUUUCACGGUGAGGCUCAGCUUUGGAUCCCUCAGGGUAAAGACUCAAAGCAUUGGGACAUUGUGCGUUGGUUUAUGGCCACCCAAAAGAAUGUCUGCUAUUGGACGACUAUGAAUGGAUCAACCUGUGUGCAGAACGUGCGGAAAUCAAGAGGAACAGGCACUUAUAUUCCUGAAAUGAGUCAGCAAUCUUACACUGACAGGUUCAGUAGCAAACCAAGCACAUCGAACUCAUCACCUUCAACAUCUCAGGCUCAACCUUCCAAAAAGAAUCCUUGA